AUGUCAUCGAUGAACGUUUUUAGGAUAACAGGUGACAUCCUCCAUGCCACAUCGCGGGGGCUUCUCAUCAGGAAGCUCCACAAGUCCCAGUCAUGUGCAGGCAUAUCUCUUAAGACACAGCUCAUCUAUGCAUUUGUCUUCUCUACACGAUACCUCGACAUAUUCUGGAAUUUUGCCUCAAUAUACAACUGGAUCUUUAAGGUAUAUUACCUCAUCACUACCUUCUACACCAUUUAUCUUAUAGCUUUCCGAUUGAGAGAUACCUAUCACGCUCCACUGGACAAAACGCCUGUACUCUACGUCAUAAUUCCGUCAUAUGUGGCAGGCGUUCUAUUUGCACGACCGUGGACAAUCUUCGAGAUCUUCUGGACAGGGUCCCUUGUUCUGGAAGCCUUUGCAAUGGUCCCGCAAUUCUUUAUGCUAUACCUGAGCCGCAACGUGGAAAGCUUUACAGCAGACUAUGUUGCAACGUUAGGUGGAUACAGGUUCUUCUAUCUGCUCAACUGGAUUUACAGAACAGUGAAGGGCGUUAGAAUGGGCUGGAUCAAUUGGGCGACAGGCAUUAUUCAAAUAGUGCUCUAUGCAGAGUUCUUCUACUACUGGCUUAAGAGCAAGCUUACACAUAAAUCACUUACUUUGCCAUCCUAA